AUGGUUGUUGAAUGGAUCGAUUCGUUUCCCAUCACUGCCUACAUCUCUGAUACCAUGCAGCAUUUAUAUCCUGCUGAUGCAAGUGAAACAAGAAAUGUUCCAAGUCACAAGGAGGAAGGACAGAAGCGGAGAGAAAUGGAUGCCGAUGAUCGACGAAGAAUCUCAAUUGAGCUAUCUAAAAUGUCACAUCCGUUAGAGAAUCAAUCGCCACACCUAUAUAACAUCGCAAACGGUAGCUUUGCUCCCCUAGAGUCCCAGAUCAAUGUUGCAGAAUCAGUCAGCAUUGGAAAAAAGAUGGUUUCGGAGUUCAGGGCAUCUCUUCCCUCUGGAUUUCAUGCUACAAUUUCAAGUCCUCUCAAGACCAUGGAAAACAUAAAGAAAGGUGUGAAAGUGGGCGACAAGACGAUAUUUGACCUGGAAACAAUCUUCGUUAGACUGUUGACCAUUGGACAGCAGCGACAGAUGGAGUUAGCACCCAUCUUUCAGUAUGAGUUGUGCCCCAUACCUCCUUCUCUCAUCGACGAGUAUGGCUGCUUGCGAAAAGGGAGCAAGGCACCACUGGCUCACAAACUCUGUGCACAGACAGCGCGACCAUGUCCACCUGAUCUCACCAUAGUUGAUGUGAGCCAACUACUCUACCGCAUCGUCUGGCCAUGCAGGGGAGAUGCAUCGAUAAUAGUGGAGUCUAUCAAGACCAGAUUAUCAUCUCGUCCAGGCAAGAAAGUCUUAGUAUUUGACAAAUAUCAUGACAUUUCUGCAAAGGACCACGAACGCAUGCGACGUGCUGGCCUCGGCUCCAUCAAUUACGACCUCACCAUCAACACACCACUACCCAAACGAGAUGCCAUCAUGAGAAAUAAGCACAACACGCUGCAACUCUCAAAAGUACUCAGCACCUACAACUUUGGCAAAGAUGUUACCGUGGAAAGCCGCAGCGAUGGUCUAUGUGGUGGCAACUGGACUAUACUUGCAUAG